UCGUCAACUGUCAGUUUGAGUCGUUUGAGUCGAAAAGGAGUGCAAUCGCUUUGUAAAACAAAAAACUGAAAACGUUUUCAGAAGUUUUCGAUCGAAUUAUUUUGUGUAGUAUCAUCACUACAGUGCAAAUUGCUUACUGUUCUUUACCACACCAUGAAUGCCGCUCGCAGUAAAGCGUCCUCCAGCAGCUCCGAAGGUGAACAUUCGACCGACGACAUCUGGGACGACACUCUCAUCAUUCGGAACUACGAUGAAUCUCUCGCCAUGGUCAAAGAAGUAGUUGCCAAACGAUUGGCCAUGAAGACGAAUAAAAAGAUGCUAGCCAAAGCCGCCAGUGCUACCUCCGAGGAUCAAGUACAGCAACAACCACAGGCGUCCACAUCUACACAGCCGAUAAAAAUGAAGACUGAAGAAGGUGAGUCUUCCGGGUGGAAAACUCAUCGGCAGAGAAGGGCGCUACCGAAAGGAAAUAAACCAUCGUACCAUGUUGGAGAUUAUUGUCGAGCAACUUAUGAUGAUGGCGUUGAUUACGAAGCAAAGAUACUGGCAGUCGACAAAUCUGGAGAUGCUCUGAUUCGUUACGUUGGUUACAAUAAUGAGCAGACUGUUGCUAUUGAGGAUUUGGUACCGUCGUGGGGGCGCAAAGCUCGACGCAAGCAACGUGAGGACGCUGCUGAGUUGGCAACCGAAGAAGAUCCUAACCGGAUGGAGAUGAGCGACGACGAGGUGAAGCUAACCAACAAAGCCAGCAAAAUCCGUAUUAACAUUGAUCCCAGCUUCCGAAUGCCAAAAGCAGGGGGUGGUUCUUCGCGUGUAGCAUCGACGGGUUUCCACGCCGGAAUGGGCGCCUCCUUCAUGGUUCCGCCUCCACCACCAAUGCCGCCCAUGCUGGAAGACGACGACGAUCUGGAGUCGGAGAACCUGUCUGCCAUGCUCAUGUCCUGGUACAUGAGUGGGUACUAUACGGGGCUGUACCAUGGACAGAAGAUGUCUCAGAAACGGGCCCGACCCUCCUAGAGUGUGUUCUAUGGUUGUUACUUAGCACUUAAGGUUGCCUCUGGUAUUUUCCGAGACGUAUGACAUUUUGAGUUAAACUGAACUGAAUUUCAUUUUCUUUUUAUUUUAAAUAUAUUUCAGAAUGGAAAAUAAAA